AUGGGAGCGGCUCAGUCGACAUCGCAGCCAGAAGAAAAGGUCUUCCACAACGAAGUACCAAUCCAGUUCUCGCCAGAUGUCGUGAACCAGCUCUCGGACAACCUCGAGUCCGUCGACACCCCUCCCCAACGCCAGUCCCUCAUCGACGCUCACAUUCGUGCCCGCAUCCAAGGCGAACUCGAGGCUCUCAAACGCGAAGAGGAGGAUGUCCGCCAGCAAAUCGAAGCUGCUCUCGAGAAGGAGAACUUGGACCGGGAGAGGAGCAUGGCCGGCGAGUCGUCGUCCUCGGAUGAAGACGGUUCAUCCUCCGGCGACGUGAAAACAAGCGCUGCCCUCUUCGGUGACCUCGAGGAAGUCAAGGCCAAAAUCGAGAAGUACCACGCAAAGCGAACUCUCUCUGAACACCCCGAUAUUCAAGCAGCCAGCAAUGCUGUUGUUGAAUGUUACAAGUGA